AUGCACGCGAUCCAGCAACAAUACUGGGCAGUACGAGACUAUCUCAGCCCGGUCCUGAAAGAGAGCAAGUUUAAGGAGCAUGGGCGGAUUACCCCAGAGGAGUUCGUGGCUGCCGGCGACUUCCUGGCAUACAAGUUCGGAGUCUGGACAUGGGAGAAGGGCGACGCGUCGAAAGCAAGGGACUACCUCCCGGCCGAUAAGCAGUACUUGCUCACCCGUGGCGUAGCGUGCCUCCGACGCGCCACAUCUCUUGCCUACACCGACGCAGAUGAAGAUGCAGAACGACUACUCUCCUUCGGAGACUUGUCAUCCACUGGCAACGAAGCAGACGAGUGGGUCGAGACGCACGCAGGGCGCGUUGCGAACCACGAUUCAGCUGCGAAUCCGGGAGAGAUCGACGAGAUUCCAGAUGUGGACGACCCAGCUGGCACCGUGUCAGGCGCGAUGGGGAAUCUUUCGCUCUCUGGCGCGAAUGGCGGCAUUGGCGAAAUCCCAGACAUGGACGACAUCCCUGAUAUGGAGGAGGAGGGCCUAGAAGCUGGUGACGACGAGGCGACGGCCACUGCACCGAAGACCACAGCGUCUUCGUCCAAUGUAAUUGACGGAAGUAAAGUUGAGGUAGCCAAGGGCAACCUGCUGCAGGUCCGAACUUACGACGUCAUGAUCACAUAUGACAAGUACUACCAGACACCGCGAAUCUGGCUCAUUGGCUAUGACGAGAACCGGACACCCUUGACGCCGUCGCAGAUCUUUCAGGAUAUCUCUGCUGAUCAUGCGUUCAAGACUGUCACGAUCGAGGCGUUCCCGCACUCUGCCAGCCUGCAAGCAGCCUCCGUGCAUCCGUGCAAGCACGCGAGCGUCAUGAAGAAGGUCAUAGAGCGCAUGAACGCGACCGUAAUCGAGGAACAGCAGGCGCAGCGCAAGGCGUCCGCGUCCGGCGUCGCGUCCCCGAAGGAAAAGCAGAAGAAGUGGCUCUUUCGGCGCACGAGCGGGAAUGGCAAGGAGGACAAGACGCAAGCACCGACUUCGCCAGGGGCAGAGGACGACAUCGAGGGCAUGCGCGUCGACUUCUACCUCGUCGUGUUCCUGAAGUUCAUCGCGUCGAUCGUCCCCACGAUCGAGGUCGAUUCUACUACAGCUUUCUAA